AUGUCUUUCUUCCCUCGAUCCUACUUCGCUCCUGAAUCCUCCUUCACCCCUCUCUUCCGUCUCCUGGACGACUAUGACAACUACUCCCGGGAAGUCUCCACCCAGCAAGGACAACAGGGGCAGAGGCAGACCGGUCGCCGGGCUGCCACUCUCCCGGCCUUCACCCCUAAGUUUGAUGUCAAGGAGCUAGAGGGCAGCUACGAGUUGCACGGCGAACUCCCCGGGAUUGAGAAGAACAACAUCAACAUUGAGUUCACCGAUGACUCAACAAUUGUCAUCUCAGGCAAAGUUGAGCGCCACUACACCUCCGGCACCCCACCCAACGAGGAUGGCAGUGUCCAGAUGAGCGGCGCCAUCACCGAGGGCGGCGAGAAGGAGCACAGUAACUCCCACAAGGCCACCGUCGAGGACGAGGAGGCCGAGACGGCCAAGCUGCAGGGCACCUCCACAGAAGUCACCAAGGCCAACAAGCAGCAGGAGGUGUCCAAGCCCGCCGAGAGGAUCUGGGUCUCGGAGCGGUCCAUCGGCACCUUCCACCGGACCUUCAGCUUCCCCAGCCGCAUCGAUCAGGAGCAGGUCACUGCCAACCUCAACAACGGUGUUCUGAGCAUCACCGUGCCCAAGGUCAAGAAGCAGGAGGGCCGUCGCAUUGCCAUCCAGUAA